ACGUCGUGACAUCAUUCAAUCAUUCAAGCAAUAAAAAAAUUAGCAUAUUUUCAAUUCUGCAUCGGUUUUGAAAAUGAAGAGACCAGUUUAUAAGGCUUAUGUUUAUGAAAUUAUUUAAGGUUGUCGAAAAAAGUGAUAUGAGUUUGUGGGGUUUUGCAAUAAUGUGUGCAAAAGAUUUUAGUGUUAAGAAGUCCUCUUAUAAAGUGGACCGGGAGAGGAUAUUUUACCAUUUUGUGAAUUAAACACAAUAAGAGUGGCUUAAAAAUAAUAUAUUCAAUACAGUGCAAAAAAUCAUAAAUGUACUACGAGAAGCUAAAAUUAAUACGGUGCUCUAAAAUAGAACUUAGCGGUAGGCAGCAAAUUGGCUACCCCUGGCGCUGCCGAUGUUUAUAAUCAUGACAAUGACAGUUUGAGAUAAGGGAAAACGUAAGCCUAGAUAACGUUGUUAAAGAAAGUAAGGCUUGCAUAUUUUAAUUCAAGACAAAAGUUUAUACUUUUUCGUGAAGCGCCUUAUGAAAUCGUCUUUGUCUUGCUUGACCUGAGUGAUUGCUAAUUGAACGAUGGAAGGAGCAAAUUUGAAAUAGUUACAGCAUAAACGACAACAUGAAGAGUUCGCUGUUUUGCGUGUUGGUGCUGACGGUGGUGGUAUCAAGCUCCCGGCAGCAGAGCUAUCCCAGAAACGACAAUAUCAACAUCAACGCUAUCUUACAAAACGACCGGAUCCUGCUCGGUUAUUUUAAAUGCGUCAUGGACAGGGGACCGUGCACGAAAGAUGGAAAAACCUUCAAGCGUGCUCUUCCGGAGGCAUUGCCGACAGCGUGUGCGCGGUGCUCUAAUAAGCAGAAGGCAGCUUUCCGGACACUUCUUCUAGCGAUCAGGGCCAGAAGCGAACCAAGCUUUCUGGAAUUACUCGACAAAUACGAUCCGUCAAGAUCUAAUAGAGAAUUACUGUAUACAUUUUUAGCCACAGGCCUUUAGGGGUCCAUGCCCUAGAUUUAGAUUUAAUAUAGUUAUAAUAAUAGAUCUUUAUCUAUGAAGUUGCCGUAUUACAAUACUGGCCAGUUGAAACUUAUUAAUAAAUAUUUGACUGGCAAUAAAUUCUAAUGAAUAUUGUUAUAAAAACAUGGAAUUCUAUUUUCAAAUUCAGUCAGUCUUUUGUUUAUUGAUUGGUGUUUUGUUUUCACACCAUUUAUUUAUUUUUCAUCAAUGUGGAUACGAUUAAAAUACGAGUAAUUAUAUAUGUAUUCCACAGAAUACGAAUUUGGUCAUGAUAGCAAUGCCACACACGUGGCGUGCAUCAAUAAGGGAAAAAAAAACUUUUUGGGAAGGAAAAAAUUCAAUACCCAAGAGGUAGUACGCAAAAUGCCUAGAGUUUGUCGGCUCUUAUACGCUAGACUUUUUCAAGAAGACUAUUGAAUAAUUACCCCUUCGCUGGUCACCAAUCAUGGAUAUUAUAUUUUAAUUGAUAUAAAUAAAACAAUAUUUAUAAAAAAAAUGAUUAACUUUCUGUAUACUAAACGGCAACUUCGUAGUUAAAGAAGACCAAUGUUUCGGCAUGUGAACGAAAACACUAAAUCGGAAUCGUAAUGUAACUAUAUGCAAACUCAACUACGAUCAUAUGUAAUUCACAUCAACAAAUAGACUAAUUAACGCAUUUAUUUUUAAAUUAUUCGUAAUUGUUAUUUACUAAGAAUAAAUACAGUAAUAACGUAAA